UACAUCAGAAGGCUCUCAUGAUCUCAAAGAACCUAGUCGAGUUCUUCAGACCAAUCAUUCUGUUGAAAGCUAUAUUUUCGUUCUGGAUGUUCGCUGUUUUGAUGGUGGUUAUAACUGAGGAACCAAUAGGCUCUUCAAUUUUCAUCAACUGUGCGUUAUGUCUGCUGUGCACUGGAUAUGAGUUGCUACUGGAUUGCUGGAGUGGAGAACAGUUAGCCAGAAAAAGUGAGAAGGUUGGAGUAGCAGCCUACCAAUGCCAGUGGGAUAGAAUGUCAAAUAGUUCCAGAAAGAAUCUUGUCCUACUCACUUUGAGGGCCCAGAGACCAAUACAGUUGGAUGUCAGGCCUUAUUUGAUUCCAAUGUCACUCAAAACUUAUGUUCAGAUAAUGAAAGCAUCGUUCUCCUGCUAUACACUUCUUCUAAGCAUCAAAGCAGAAAAACACUAGACAACCAGUUGAUAGAUGAUUGUUGUCAACUAGUUUAUAAAUAUUUGUUGACUGGUUGUCAACUUAGAAAACGUAGACAUUGACACUAGUCAAUCAGUUGAUAGAUGGUUGUCGAUAGUUGACACAUAAUUGACAACAGUGAACUAGUUAAUAGAUUUUUGUUGAUCAGUUGAUUGAUGGCUGUCAAUAGUUGAUAUAUGGUUGUUAAUCGUUCAUAGUCAAUAGUUGAUAGUUAUAGGCCUACUUACAUAUUGAUUACUGAAUAGUUGAUUAUAGAAUUUCAUCGGACAUGGAAAUGAAGACUCCAUCUAAGCCAAGAUCUUACUAUCAGAUAAUAAAAUACUUGACAAAUAUUCAAGGAAUGAAAUAAAAAAAGAAUUCAACAAUAGACAAUAGAUUUAUUCAAUCUAAUGGUAACAACAAGCCAACAACAGAAACACAUAAUCACAAUCGACAACAAAAUAUUAUUCUACAAUAUAAAACCACUUCAGAUACUGCAAAUACAAAUUAGACUCUAUUAAAUGAAACCUAAUAAUGAUACGAAAACUAUUUUCAUAUUAUUCUCAAUGUACUGAAUUAUAAUGAGUGAUAUUUACGAUCGCUAUCUAUUAUUUAUCUUUGUCAUCAGAUUUCUUUGUCACAUAAUUCAUAAAGUCUGUGAAAUUUUCAAA